AUGGCUCAUGGAUCUGCCGAGGUCCCAGAAGAAGUUGUAAUCUGGGACUUGUUGCUGUCUAAACCGAAAGGGGGUCGAAUUCGUUCUGCGGCUCGGAGCGGUGAGCCGUACCUUCAUACAACUCUACAUUCAGGUGAGCUCGGUAUUCUCGAGGCGGAGCGCGUCGCUGGCGAGGUGGGACUGGGAGACGCGGAGGUCGUAGCGGUUGGCCGCGUCCUGAAACGCAGUAGAGAGGAUAGGCUCAGCGCAUUGCCUGGCGACAUUCUGGUCAGCAUCCUCGACCGACUCGAUGUCCGCGACGCUGCGAGAACCUGCAUCCUCUCUAGACGGUGGAGCGGGCUCUCUGCUGAGCUCUCCCGACUCGUGAUAAAUGCCAAGGAUUUCGUGCCAGACGGGGUGUCAAGCGCCAAUAUCUCUGCUGGUGAUGACUUGGUUCGGACGAAUGCAGCCGUGGUUGAAGCGACAAAAAGCAUGCUGGCACGCAGGGAUCCGGGUGGACGACACACCGUCCGCCUCUUGAGCACCGAGUUCUACUUGAGCGAUAAUGUCCCCAUAUCCAUUGGACACGCUAUUGGCAAUGCCAUGGCCACACACAAGAUUGAGAAGGCCGAAUUCACAGUUCUGACAGUGAAGGAAAGCAAACAGUGCAGGCUUGAGGAUCAUCUGAACUACGGGGCCUGGUUCGUGUCAUUCUUUUAUGCGUGUCUCGAUGUAUUUACUGGUCUGACACGCCUCUCCCUGGAGAAUUUGAUAUUUUCUGAAUCUGACUUCCUCUCCAACAUCCUCGGCACUUGCAAGCAAUUGAAGUAUUUAGGUUUUCUCCGUUGCGGCACAAUGCGUAUGGUAACACACCAAGUUGAGCACGCGCAGCUCUGUGAGCUCAGUAUGGUCAGGUGCCUUUUUGGCAAAGUUGAACUCAAGUGGCUCCCAAGACUCACCCGGACAGACUUCGCGUUUUGGAGGUCUUUCGAAGAAAUACCGCUGUCAUUUGGUCAUGUCCCAUUGCUCGAGGUUGUGAGCCUCGAAAAUGCUGCUCUUAGUUGGCACAAGAUGAUCAAGUUAAGUACGUUACUUUGUGAGACCUCUGUACGGGACCUGAUGUUGGGGUUUAGAUGUGAAAAGAUUUGGGUUCAACCAGAGUCUGUGACCAAAAGGCUGGCAUCUGCGUUCAACCGACUAAAGAUUGUCAAUCUAGGUCAUAUUCCUGAAGGGUAUGAUCUCACAUGGACAAUGUUCAUUCUGGAAGCCGCGCCAUCCCUGGAGGAGUUCUACAUGACGGUAAUUGAUCAUCCGUGUGAAAUGCAAAUGGAUAAGGAUAAGAGGAGAGAAGGCUCGUAUAUCGAGGAGAAGGGCGUAGAGUGGGAAUCACCUACAUCAAAUUUCAAGCACCACCGUCUUACCAAGCUCAUCAUCUUCUGCUUCGAGUCUUACAUGGCGAGUCAUGUCAGGCGUGUCAUGAAUGCAGCGGUCAAUCUGAAGUAUGUGUACCUUUAUAGGAGACUGUCAUGUGACAAAUGCAAGCACAUGAAGCCUUUAAAGCCGAUUAUGUUUCCGCGGUCAAAGAAGCAUAGGUGUUCAAUGAGGAAACUAAUGACCCAGUGCAUCGAAUCAGGUGCCAGGAUUCACUUCCUGGACUUCUCUGUAAUGAGCGAUGAUCAUAAGGCAAGAUUACCGUAGUGUUUUCAUUAAAGAACCUUUAUCACUUUGUGUGCCUGAAAAGAUAGCUGAAGGCUUUUCAGGUAGUUUAU